CGGUUCACCUGUAAUGUCGUCACAUCUGUCAUCUGCCAUCAGGUCGCAACACUUUCCUUGCCUAAUAUCAGUCCCUAUAAGUACUUAACUUUAAACUUAAAUAUACAAUUCUGGCCGUCGCCUUAUAUUUCCUAUAUUCCUUAUAUUCUCGAUUUCUUUCUCACACGACCGGCCCGGACGCCAUGGUCUCUCGACGGUAAACUCCGUCUUUAUUUCUAAGUCAUGGUGUCUUUUUGGCCCUGGAAGGGCGAUGUCUCUUCCCCGUCCUCUUUCGAGAAGACCCUCUCGACUCUUUCUAACAAGAUCACAACCACCCAAACCCAACUUGACCGAGCGCGAUCCCGUGCCCGUCGCAUCAAAGUUCUCUGGACUCUCUAUCUCGCUUUUGCUUACCUUGUUUACGCUGUUGUCUUAACCUUAGUGGUUGGGUGGCAGAAUCUAGGUCCGGGGGAAUGGACUGGAAUGGCCGGCGGCCCCGUGUUCAUUUAUCUCGUCAGGACCUUUACCAAUGCCUACUUCAGCUUUCGCAUCGACACACUUGAGUCUCGUCUCAAGGACCACCAAACCGAACGCUCCAGGACGAUACAAAAGCUAAAAGAUGCUACCAAAUACGACUCCACCUUGGAGUUGCUGGAGAAGUAUGGAGGUUCUGGAGAGAAGCGUGUCCAGCCUAGAAAACAGACAAUAGAAGGCGAAAACCUCGACGGCGAGCAGAGAGAGGGGAGCAAUAAGAAAUCACGACAAGGUGCAGGUUCCGAUAUUCCUAACUCGAGAGUCAACAUUCCCCUUCCGCCAACCGCCAACAUUCAAAGACCACCUCAGCCUCCGAUUCUAGGAGCCCUGGAGUCUCGCCCGGGCUCUUCUCGGAUACCCAACUAUCACGCACCACAUCCAGACCAGCAAUCUAUGGAAGAAUUCGCACCUAAUGCCGGCCCGCUUCCACCAUCGUAUUCCCAUUAUGACAUGAAUACAGGUUCGCACCACUGGUAUGACCGUAUCAUGGACCUCAUGCUCGGUGAAGAUGAGAUGGCACCCAAAAAUCGCAUCGUAUUAAUAUGUAAAAAUUGUCGCCUGGUGAACGGACAAGCUCCUCCGGGAACGCAGUCAUUGUCGGAGUUGGGCCGGUGGAAAUGUAUGUCCUGCGGAGCAUCGAAUGGAGAAAUGGAUGAAGGUAAGAAGAUCAUUCGAGAGGUUCUCAGAUCAAACGAACCAAGUACUGCACUGGGAGGUGAGGACCGCGAUAGCGAUCUAUCAAGCGACUUGGUUAAAGGCGAGAAUGACAGCGAAGAUACUGGGGAUACAGAUGGAGGGGAUGUCACGCAGCAAUCGAGCCAGAGGCAUCGCACCAAAAAAUCACAAAUGGUUCCAUAGAACUAAAUUUUCGAUGCGAUCAAAUAUAUUAUUCGUCAAUCUACCAUUCCAUACCCAUCCACCGGGUGAGGUCUCGAUACGGCAUCUCUGUAUCAGGAAGCAAGGAUAAGAAUUACAUAAUAGAAGGGUAUAUGAGUCUCUAUUCAUGUACAUAUAGGGAGCUAGAGGUCUUUGGUAUUCAAGGAGGGGGAAGGGCCGAGGGGGGAUCAUAUUGCUAAGUAAAGAAUUUAGAUAUUUGCUUUACGUGCGGCAAUGUUUGUAAGCGCUAAUGUAGUCGUAAUAUUGAUCAGGUAGUGUGAUAAUAUAACCCAGUAGCACUUGA